AUGUACCUCAAUUCCAAGAGCUCCUCUACUACGAAUAACAAUAAUGCCUUUGUUCCUCCUCCAAGUGAACGAGGUGGUUCCAACUGUUUCUCAGAGUCUGCAACUGUGCAGGUUGAGAAUAAAGGAUCUGUUUCAAUGAUAAGUCUCCAGGUUGGUGACAGAGUGUUGACAGGGAGCAGUAUAUACCAACCAGUGUACAGUUUUGGGCAUCGCCAUGAAGAUCUUGAGGGAACCUUCUACCAAAUCUACACAGACAAGAGUAAUCACACUCCAUUGGAAAUGACUAGUGGCCACUUGGUCUUUGUGCUGGACAAUGAAAAUCAGCUCCAGCCUGUUCGAGCUGAUGCAGUGAAAGCUGGGGAUCGUGUGAUGAAAAGUGAAAGUCAAGAAGAUGACAUGCACCCAGCCCUUGUCACCAAGGUUGCAACUAUUCAGAAGAAAGGAAUGUACAUGCCAUUGACCCCGGAUGGAUUGAUCAUUGUUGAUGAAAUUCUGUCCUCCACAUAUGUCUCAAUUCAAGAUCAAGCUCCUAUUGUUGUGGACAACUCCAAACUGUUCCCAUUCUUGACUGAAGACAAGAUUUUGCAUUGGUUCAUGUCCCCUGUUAGGAUGUUGUGCCUUGGAGUGUCCUCCAAUGCUUGCCAAAUCUUGGAACGAAGCAGGGACGAAGAAGGCAUUCAUUCCUACUUGAUGGCUGGAAGGAGCCUAGCUGAGUUUGCCAAUCAACAGGGAUUCUUUGUCCAAAUGUUUCUGAUUGGAAUUCCAGUCUUUCUGUUGUUUGCCUUUUUGAACCUUUUGGAAGUGCUCCUUGGUGGACCUGGUCUAGCUCCCUUUGUGUGCUUUGCAGCCAUUACCCUUGGAGGUUGGGUUGUCAACAAGCGCCAUGGUAUGAUCAGCAACAGCCAGGAGUCAAACAAGAAGCUGGAAUGA